AAGGUUGCAUUCCCGCGGGUGGCCAUCAGUGCUCCGAGCCCACUGGGUGAAGGGUGUCUGGCAGUGGAUGGCACGAAUCAGCCACCGACUUUGCACCCCUCCUGAUUGGCGACAAUGGCUUGUGGGAAAGGCAUGGGCCGUUCUGCUCGAGCAAUUGGGAUGGGGUGGGCCAUAUCGAGGGGCUGCGUAUUCCUUGAUGGCACAUUCCCUGCCUAUCUUGCCCUUGUUGAGAGCUCUUGGAAUGUGCACAGAAUCCAGCGGAGAAUCCAGAGGCUGGGGCCCAUCGUAGCAAUUCAAAUAGGAGCCCUCUGUCUGUUGUUUGUUUGCUUUGUCUACUUUGCAUUUUCUGCACUGUUUUCUUCGAUUGUCAACUCGUCAAACUGUUCCAACACUGCCAGUGCAUUCCAUCAUCACUUCGAGCCAUCGUCAUCACCGCGGCCAUUUUGGACGGAUACUCGGCUAAGCUAGCCGUCCCUUACUUUGCGUCAAGCUUUCCUCUGCAUCAAGCUUCUGUGCUUCCGCGGCCUUCGUCGCCAGUCAUAUCUACUC